CAGCUAGAUGUUGUUACUUAGCUCCUCAACAUUGGUAAAUGGACUUACCCCCUUUUCAUCAUCUGAUCUUAUUCUUACACACAAGAAAAAAGUUUGGGAUUUAGAUCUCACCAUAUCCCAAUCCCAAUACAAUACCUGUGACUUUGAUGAAUUAAUAUAAUAAAAAAUGAUAAGAUUCUAUUGUUCACCCUUUAGCAACAUUUUUCAUUGUUCGUUUUCUGUUCCAAAUCCAUUACCUCACUUUCACUCUUUCUAACAAGCUCUUGCUUUGUGGUUCUCAACUGCAUCACCCACGCGAUUUGUGGAACUCGAAUCAUUAAGUCGAGGGCUUCUUGUUGGGUGAACUUUGAAUCAGUGAGUGUGUGGCAAGAAUGGCUAAAGGAAGAGCAGAUGGGAACCCAAGAAAGCGAUUGAUCACAACCGUGUUCGUUUUAUUCAUUGUUGGUGGUUUAGUUUACCUGUAUUCUCGGAAUAGUGGCUCGUUAUCUUCUAUCGAGUACACUAGCAAAUCUUUAGAUACUGGAGGAGGAGAUAACAUUGUUGUUCCGAGGACCAUUCCUGUUUGUGAUGAUCGGCACUCGGAGCUAAUUCCCUGUCUGGACAGAAAUCUCAUAUACCAAACAAGAUUGAAGCUUGAUUUGAGUUUGAUGGAGCAUUAUGAGCGACACUGUCCAAUGCCCGAGAGGCGUUAUAAUUGCUUGAUUCCCCCUCCUCCUGGGUAUAAGAUUCCAAUCAAGUGGCCCAAAAGCAGAGAUCAGGUUUGGAGAGCAAAUAUACCUCAUACACAUCUUGCAACUGAGAAAUCUGACCAGAACUGGAUGGUAGUAAAAGGUGAAAAGAUAGUUUUUCCUGGUGGAGGAACUCACUUUCAUCGCGGUGCUGAUAAAUAUAUUGCAUCAAUUGCCAAUAUGCUCAACUUUCCAAAUAAUAUUAUAAACAAUGGAGGAAGACUCCGUAAUGUUUUUGAUGUUGGCUGUGGCGUUGCAAGCUUUGGAGGAUAUCUUCUUUCCUCCGAUGUACUAGCAAUGUCAUUAGCACCAAAUGAUGUUCAUGAAAACCAAAUCCAGUUUGCUUUAGAGAGAGGAAUUCCGGCAUAUCUUGGUGUUCUAGGGACAUUCAGACUACCUUACCCUAGUAGAUCUUUUGAACUUGCUCAUUGUUCACGUUGUAGAAUCGAUUGGCUUCAAAGAGACGGCAUACUUCUUCUUGAACUGGAUAGGAUACUCAGACCAGGAGGCUACUUUGUUUACUCGUCUCCUGAAGCUUAUGCUCAGGAUGAAGAGGACCGGAGAAUAUGGAGAGAAAUGAGUGCUCUUGUAGGGCGGAUGUGUUGGAAAGUAGCUGCCAAGAAGAACCAGACUGUCAUAUGGGUCAAGCCUCUAACAAAUGAUUGUUACUUGAAAAGAGAGCCCGGUACACAACCUCCACUCUGUAGUUCUGAUGAUGAUCCUGAUACUGUUUGGGGAGUUAAAAUGAAAGCUUGCAUCACACGUUACUCUGAUCAGGUGCAUAAAGCAAGAGGAAGCGAUUUGUCUCCUUGGCCAGCUCGAUUGACUACUCCGCCUCCUCGUCUUGCGGACUUUAACUAUUCUAAUGAAAUGUUUGUAAAGGACAUGGAUGUUUGGCAACGGAGAGUUAGUAAUUACUGGAAACUUCUAGGCAAUAAAAUUAAACCUGACACAAUUCGGAACGUGAUGGACAUGAAGGCAAAUUUGGGUUCUUUUGCAGCUGCUUUGAAGGACAAAGAUGUUUGGGUUAUGAAUGUAGUGCCUGAAAACGGGCCAAACACACUCAAGAUCAUAUAUGACAGAGGGCUAUUGGGAACAGUUCACAACUGGUGUGAAGCAUUUUCAACUUACCCUCGCACGUAUGAUCUACUCCAUGCAUGGACUAUAUUUUCUGAUAUCAUCGAGAGAGAAUGCAGUGUACAGGAUAUAUUGAUUGAGAUGGAUAGAAUACUGAGGCCAAAAGCUUUUGUAAUUAUUCAUGAUAAGCGAUCGGUUGUGAUGUCUAUAAGGAAGUUCUUGCCAGCAUUGCACUGGGAUGCAGUGACGAAAUCUAAUGUGGAGCAAGAUUCAGAUACAGGUGAGGAUGAUGCAGUGUUAAUAAUUCAGAAGAAGAUGUGGCUGACAACCGAGAGCAUCCGGGUUUCAGAAAAAUGACAUGCUCCAACAAUGGACAAAGUCUUUACCAUUUCACUUGAAGUAUAAAACUUCAGCAACUGAGUGAGAAAUGAGCACAUCAUUGUGAAAAUUUGCUUUCAUAUGAUGUAGGUAUUCCCUUUUAUGUUGUUCCUCUUCUCUACACUACAGGCUUGAGUUACAAUGAAAGCUCGUCCUAAAUCGCCUUUUUGAACUUAUUUGAUUUUGAACAGACCUUGUUAUUGUGAUUAGGAAAAUUAGAUGAAUCUGAGAAGUAGUUUUACACUGUCAGAGCAUAGAGAUUAAUCUACGUCGAAAUUGAUUUGAAGAAGUUAGUGGAUAUAUAUAGAAAGUUCAAUAAUGCUUUGCACAAAUAAGAGCAUAUGGUGCUGCCGUUAUAAAGCUCUCAAA